AUGGAUUUAUGUCGAAGAAAGGUACUUUCUUUAACGCCAGAGUUAGAAUUAAAACAUAUAAGAUUCACUAUUCAACUGGAGGAAGAUAAUGGUGAAAGUAGUUCUAGAAAUCAAGUGAUUCAACAGAAUGUCAUUAAAAUUACAAGUAUAUUCAAUGAGUUAGAGCAAUAUCAACAUAAUGAAAGUUAUAAUAAAUUUUAUUUCACUAGGCAUCAUAAAAAGGAGCAGCUCUCACAUGAAAAACUUGAGCAACUGGUAAAAUCAUUAGAAUUGUCUAUUGAACAGCCUUGGGCAAGUGAUGAUAAAUGGAUGGAUUUUAUUAUUCAAGUAUUGAAAAUAUUAAAAAAAUUUUUUGAUCCUGAUAAAUAUAUGUCACAUGAGACACAUCAGAUGCGCAAAAAUGCUUUAAAAAAAGUUACACCAGCUGUACUUCGAACUUUAUAUUUUGACUUAACUGGUGAUGCCUCUGCAAUAAAUAAUGAAAUUAGCAAAGAAAUUGAAGAACGUUUACAUAUAAUGAUUCAACUUGAGGAUCCAUCAAUUCUGCGCUCUAAUAAUGGAUUUAAAGGAAAAAAGUUUGAUGUUUUCUGGGAUGAAAUAGGAGCAUAUUUUAACGAAAAUACACCUGCAGUUGAUGAUUGA